GGUUGUAACGCUAUGGUAAACAACGUCACGAUAGGACAUUCAUCGUCUGUUUUUGUUUAUCGUCGAGACAAACCAUAUAUUUCGAUUUUCCUGGAAAACGGAUCCAAUAUUUUUUUAAUAGGUACAUUGAACCGAUUGGCAUAAGUAAUGGCAGAGUCAACAGAAAACAGUGCAUCAAUUGCGUCCACCUCUUCGUCAAUUAUUUCCUCCGCAAACUCAGCUAGCAAUAACAGUGACGAAAAUAAAUUGAGGACAAGACCGGAGCAAGCAGAUGACAAAUUGGAUCCGGAGAUAGUUAAACUGGAAUGUCCUGUCUGCCUUCAAACGUGUAUUCAUCCGGCGAGACUUCCUUGUGGGCACGUAUUCUGCUUCCUUUGCGUGAAGGGCGUUGCGUUUAAGAAUCGUCGAUGCGCAAUGUGCCGUCGAGAUAUUCCUCCCAGCUAUCUCGAACACCCUCAGCUAGUUAAUGGUCUAAAAGAGGUGGAGAAAGCAGCAAAGGCAUACGACGGUGCCGACUAUCAGUGGUACUACGAGGGCCGCAACGGUUGGUGGCAGUACGAUGAACGCACAAGCCAGGAACUGGAGGAGUCUUACCAGAAGAAGGAACGAUUUUGUAAGAUUUUGGUUGCGGGAUUCCUAUACAUAGUGGAUUUUGAACACAAGUGUCAAAUUCGUCAGAAUGAUCCCUCGAGAAUUCGGCGAGUGAAACGAGAUUUGACAACAAUCCCGAAAAAAGGCGUCGCUGGAUUGCGCCUGGAAACGAAUGAUCUCACUUCGGGUGCUGCGCCAAGCUCCAAUACGGACGGGUCUUUGAGUUCGGUUGAUCUGCAGGCGGAAACAAAUUUGCUACAAAUGCACCGCAAUAUUGUUGUGGAGGAAAGCGAAGACAGCGUAGAUUCCCGUAUAAAUUCAGGGGGUGAAAGUUUUGACAGUGACGCGAAUAAUAGCGUCGUUCAUUCUUUCGAAGAGCAACCGUCCGCAAGCACUGCAACCGAACAGGACAGAGAGUUGGAAUUGAGUCACACGAUAAAUAGUUUGAAUUCACUCACAUUGGAUGACGACAGACUAGUUGUUGAGAGAAGAGAUGAGCGGCUUACGGUUAGAAGACGAGUUGUACCCGAUUUGUUUGCAUUGAGUGAUAGUGAUGACGACAAUGAGGACAAUCUUCACGUUGUUCUUGAAUGAAUAUUUGCAAUUUCGAAGCGCAAAUAGUUCAUUAGACUUUGCGUUGCAUUUGGUAGAAGCGGAUCGGACGAUUGGUCCGGUUGAAACAGAGUAUUAAGUCAAGACAUAUAAAAGAGCAAAUUAUCCACAUGAGUUUUCCACCCUGUAUGUAUUUGAGGGUUGUAAAAUAUGUUAUCCUAAUUAUCGAAUACAUAAAAAAGAUGUAAGUGACUUGAA